UAGUUUUGUCUACUUAUAGCUCAGUGGUAAAACCCUUAAAACCCUAAACCCAUAUUUCUUGAAGGCCGCUCAGUGUUCAUUCAGAGUUGAGAGAGUGUUGUUGAGAAGCAAUGAGACCUCCAAGAGGACGUGGUGGUGGUGGAUUUAGAGGCGGCAGAGAUGGCGGCGGCCGUGGUUUUAGAGGCGGCGGUGGUGGACGUGGUGGUGGUCGCUUUGCUCCUCGUGAUGAAGGUCCCCCUCCUGAAGUCGUAGAGGUGUCUUCUUUUGUGCACGCAUGUGAAGGAGAUGCAGUGACAAAGCUCACAAAUGAAAAAAUCCCUUACUUUAACGCGCCUAUUUACCUUCAGAACAAGACCCAGAUUGGAAAGGUUGAUGAAAUAUUUGGUCCUAUUAAUGAAUCUCUUUUUUCGAUUAAGAUGAUGGAGGGAAUAAUAGCAACUGCAUAUUCAGCUGGAGAUAAGUUCUACAUUGACCCAGCUAAGCUUUUGCCUCUAGCCAGAUUUCUUCCACAGCCCAAGGGAUCUCAACAAGCUUCUAGAGGCGGUGGACGAGGUGGAGGAAGAGGCGGUUUUCGUGGCGGACGUGGAGGUGGUGGGGGUUUUCGGGGUGGACGUGGAGGCGGUGGUGGUUUUCGUGGGGGUAGAGGUCCGCCUCGAGGCGGUCGCGGAGGCGGUUUUAGGGGUGGUAGAGGGAGAUUUUAAAAAGAAAUAUAAUGUACUUUUGAUCUCUCUAUUUUAGUUUUUGUAAUUCUGAAAGCUGUGAACUCCAUUGGGAGAAUGCUAUCAUAGUUCCUUUAUCUUCCAUCUUUUUUCGAUUUAACGUUGUUUUGUCCAUUUGUUACCCUUCAUGGUUAACUACAUCGUGAUUUAAAUGCCUACUAUUACUCUAA